UGCCCGGGCCUCCCUGGGCCUUCUGGGAGCCUCGGGACUCCUUAAAGGGCUCCCCCUGGGGGCCCACCUGGCCUCCCUUGGGCCUAGCGGGACACAGCGGCGGUCAGAGGAGUGGCAGGAGGUCCACCGACAUGCCCGAGGCAAAACCAGCAGCCAAAAAGGCCCCCAAAGGCAAAGAUGCCCCCAAAGGAGCUCCCAAAGAGGCUGCCCCUAAGGAGGCCCCUAAGGAGGCCCCCAAAGAAGCCCCACCUGAGGACCAGUCGCCCACCGCUGAGGAGCCCACCGGCAUUUUCCUGAAGAAGCCGGACUCUGUGUCGGUGGAGACUGGAAAGGACACGGUGAUCGUGGCCAAGGUGAACGGGAAGGAGCUCCAGGGCACACCGACCAUCAAGUGGUUCAAGGGCAAGUGGCUGGAGCUGGGCAGCAAGAGCGGCGCCCGAUUCACCUUCAAGGAGUCCCACGACUCGGCCAGCAAUGUGUACACCGUGGAGCUGCACAUUGGGAAGGUGGUUCUGGGGGACCGCGGGGAUUACCGCCUCGAGGUCAAAACCAAGGAUGCCUGCGACAGCUGUGGUUUCAACAUCGAUGUGGAGGCGCCCCGCCAGGACGCCUCUGGGCAGAGUCUAGAGACCUUCAAGCGUUCGGGCGAGGCGAAGUCAGAGAACGCAGGUGAGCUGGAUUUCAGCGGCCUGUUGAAGAAGAGGGAGGUGGUUGAGGAGGAGAAGAAGAAAAAGAAAGAUGACGAUGACCUGGGCAUCCCCCCCGAGAUCUGGGAGCUCCUGAAAGGGGCAAAGAAGAGCGAGUACGAGAGAAUCGCCUUCCAGUACGGCAUCACCGACCUCCGAGGCAUGCUCAAGCGGCUCAAGAAGGCCAAGGUCGAGGUCAAGAAGAGCGCAGCCUUCACGAAGAAGCUGGAUCCGGCCUACCAGGUGGACAGAGGCAACAAGGUCAAGUUGGUGGUAGAGGUCAGCGACCCAGACCUUCCCCUCAAGUGGUUCAAGAACGGCCAGGAGAUCAAACCAAGCAGCAAGUACGUGUUUGAGAACGUGGGGAAGAAGCGGAUUCUCACCAUCAACAAGUGCACGCUGGCCGACGACGCCGCCUACGAAGUAGCCGUCAAGGACGAGAAGUGUUUCACCGAGCUCUUCGUCAAGGAACCCCCCGUCCUGAUUGUCACACCCCUCGAGGACCAGCAGGUGUUUGUGGGCGACCGGGUGGAAAUGAUGGUGGAGGUGUCGGAGGACGGUGCCCAGCUCAUGUGGAUGAAGGACGGCGUGGAGUUGACUCGGGAGGAGUCCUACAAGGCCCGGUACCGCUUCAAGAAGGACGGGAAGCGCCACAUUCUCAUCUAUUCGGACGUGACCCUGGAGGACGGGGGACGGUAUCAGGUGGUGACCAACGGCGGCCAGUGUGAGGCCGAGCUCAGUGUGGCAGGUACGGGGCCGGGUGGGGCGGGGGCCGCACUCGGCCUCUCCUCGCAGCUCAAAGCCACCAGGCCCCAAAGCUCAGAGUUGUCCCCAAUUCCUAUCAACAGAAAAGAACCCAACUCUGUACCAAAAUCAGCUGAGGAUGCUGCAGGAAGUCGCGACCUGACCGUGAAGGCCUCGGACCAGGCCGUGUUCAAGUGCGAGGUGUCUGACGAGAAGGUCACCAGCGGCCAAGUAAUCAAAGUGGGAGUACUGCCAAAGCAAGAGCCGCCGAAGAUCCACCUGGACUGCUCGGGGAAGACCUCGGAGAAUUCGAUUGUGGUCGUGGCUGGGAACAAGCUGAGGAUGGACGUGGCCAUCACGGGGGAGCCCCCUCCCGUCGCCACCUGGCUGAAGGGAGAUGAGGUGUUCUCGGCCACCGAGGGCCGGACCCGCGUGGAGAAGCGAGUGGAGUGCAGCAGCUUCGUGAUCGAGAGCGCGGAGCGGGGGGACGAGGGCCACUACACCAUCAAGGUCACCAACCCCGCCGGCGAGGACGUGGCCUCCAUCUUCCUGCGGGUUGUGGACGUCCCGGACCCCCCGGAGGCCGUGCGCGUCACCUCCGUGGGAGAGGACUGGGCCAUCCUUGUCUGGGAGCCGCCCAAGUACGACGGCGGGCAGCCGGUCACCGGGUACCUCCUGGAGCGCAAGAAGAAGGGCUCUCAGCGCUGGAUGAAGCUGAACUUUGAGGUCUUUACGGAGACGACGUACGAGUCCACCAAGAUGAUCGAGGGUGUCCUCUACGAGAUGCGGGUGUUCGCCGUCAACGCCAUCGGAGUGUCCCAGCCCAGCAUGAACACCAAGCCCUUCAUGCCUAUCGCACCCACGAGCGAGCCGCUGCACCUGGUGGUGGACGACGUGACGGACACCACCACCACCCUCAAGUGGAGGCCGCCCAACAGGAUCGGCGCCGGCGGCAUCGACGGGUACCUGGUGGAGUACUGCCUGGAAGGCUCCGAGGAAUGGGUCCCGGCUAACACCGAGCCUGUGGAGCGCUGUGGCUUCACCGUCAAGGAUCUCCCCACGGGAGCAAGAAUCCUCUUCCGGGUCGUUGGGGUCAACAUCGCGGGUCGUAGUGAGCCGGCCACCCUGGCCCAGCCGGUCACCAUCCGGGAGAUUGCAGAGCCACCCAAGAUCCGCCUCCCCCGCCACCUCCGCCAGACGUACAUCCGGAAAGUGGGAGAAGCUCUCAACCUUGUCAUCCCCUUCCAGGGAAAGCCGCGGCCCCAGGUGGUGUGGACGAAGGGCGGGGCCCCCCUGGACACGUCCCGCGUGAACGUGCGGACCAGCGACUUCGACACCGUGUUCUUCGUGCGCCAGGCGGCCCGCUCGGACUCGGGGGAGUACGAGCUGAAGGUGCAGAUCGAGAACAUGCAGGACUCGGCCACCAUCCGCAUCCGCGUCGUGGAAAAGGCAGGGCCGCCGGUGAACGUGAUGGUGAAGGAGGUGUGGGGCACCAACGCGCUGGUGGAGUGGCAGCCCCCCAAGGACGACGGGAACAGCGAGGUCACGGGGUACUUGGUCCAGAAGGCCGACAAGAAGACGAUGGAGUGGUUCAACGUCUAUGAACGCAACCGCCACACUUCCUGCACUGUGUCCGAACUCAUCAUAGGCAACGAGUACUAUUUCCGUGUUUUCACCGAGAACAUCUGCGGGCUCAGUGACUCCCCAGGUGUCUCCAAGAACACGGCCCGCAUCCUCAAGACAGGAAUCACCUUAAAACCAUUCGAGUACCAGGAGCAUGACUUCCGGAUGCCUCCCAAGUUCCUGACGCCGCUCAUAGACCGGGUGGUGGUGGCUGGGUACGCCGCGGCUCUCAACUGCGCCGUCAGAGGCUAUCCAAAGCCAAAGGUUUCCUGGAUGAAGAACAAGAUGGAAAUCCGAGAAGACCCCAAGUUCCUGAUGACCAACCACCAGGGCGUCCUGACGCUGAACAUCCGCCGCCCCUCGCCCUUCGACGCCGGGACUUACACCUGCCGGGCCGUCAACGAGCUGGGCGAGGCGCUGGCCGAGUGCAAGCUGGACGUCCGAGUGCCACAGUGAGACUCCUCCCGCCGCGGUCAAGACCAUCAGCUGCUGUCCUGACCCCAAUCCCACACCUCCCGGGACUGUGUUCUUCCCAGAGCUCUCACUCGGAACAAAACAGGCUUGUCUCGGACUC